AUGAACUCGAAAAGCGAAACUGACGAAGCUUCAAGGGGGAGCGAAGCAUCAUCGUCAAAAACUUCAGCCCCUGAUAAUACUGAAGAGGAAUCUACAUCAGGUUUAUGUUCAAAUACAGUGACCGACCACACACAAGACAUUAUGAAGCGUGCUGCAGCUAAACAGCUGAUUGAGAGGUAUUUCUACCAGCUACUGGAUGGAUGUGGCAAGCCUAACUGUGACAAUAAGUACUGUGCAUCUAGUGGAGAGGCAAGAAAUCUGUCUCCUAAUGAAGCAGCAGCAGAAGCAAUAAAACUGUUCUAUAAAGAGGCUCGCCUCUGUGACACACUGCCCAAUAAAGUGCCCCGCACAGAGUCCAGCCCCUGUCAUUCUAGUUCUAGCACAACAUGCAAUACGUCAAGUGCAAAAGACAAGGAGGACAACAAAGAAAAGGAAGAAGCUCCAGAGUCCAACCCAACGUCAUCUAAAGAAAGCACAUCGAAGGAAAUGGAACCAGAAACUAGUCAUAAUGUAACUCACCAAGAGGAGCCCAAAACUCGUAGUUAUAACAGUAAGAAUCAGAUGCUCUUGCGCUUAAUAAAUAACAAUUAUGGUGCCCCGUUGACUGAAGAGAGUAUGUAUCAGUUGUGUGAAGAUUGCCUUCAAACGAAAGUCAGACAGCCGUUGAUCAAAGCACUCGGGGAAGCUUUCACGACACCGGCUACGUUAGCGAGAAGUUUCGCAUGUAAAGUUGUAGAAAAUAAUGAAGCAAUUCCUGGUAAAAGCAGUGAUAAAGAAUCAAAGGCAAUGUGUUUAUCGAGUGAUCCAGACAAAGACGUAGAUAGUGUGACGGGACCUGAGUUAGACGUAGCUUCUUGUCGCAGAGCCUUUCAAUACCUUGCCAAAGUGCCAUCAGAAAACUACAGUUCCGCCUUAGUGACAGCCCUCAAAACGUUAGCAGACAACAUGUUGAUAGACCUUCGGAUAACAAAAAAGCUGUUGAUGGAUGACGCCGUGAAUUGUUUCGUGAUAGCGUUCGAGGUGCCCGAUCUUGGUUGUAGCGAUUACCUGGAGAUAGCCUUACCAGCGUUAUGUCAUGCUGCCGAACAUUUGUCUGUUAAAGGUCAAGCGAAACUGGCACGUAUCUGGGCACAGCAUUGUAAAGAUAGCUUACGUCACAUCCUGGAGACUCUCCAACAGCUCAUAACGCUUAGGGUUAUUUCAACAAAUUACACACGAUCGUUUCAAGUGCAAGACGACGAAGUUGUCACUUGUGCCACUAAGUUUAUGAAGAUAGUAUAUUACGCAAAUAUGUUAGCCGGAUCUAUGGAAUCGAACUCGUUGCGCGAGGAACCAAUAGUUAUCAACAACCAACAGGACCCAUUGGAAAAUGUGUUAGGACAUCUCUACCCACCCACUUCUAUGAAGGGUUCUAAGCAUGCACAGCCUGAUGAUCCCUUAGCCAUUGAAUUAGAUAUACAUGUAUUAGAUGCUAGAAAGCCAUACCUGCCAUUUGAGGAAUUUUACAACGAACCUCUUAGUGAUACAAUUGAAAUGGAUAUAGAUUUUGGUAAUUUUAAGACGGAAAUAAGUAAAGGUAAAAAGUUCGCGUUCCUAAAGUACCCGUUCAUCCUGACGGUGGCGACGAAGUCCCUGGGGCUGUACUACGAGAACCGCAUCCGCAUGUACUCGGAGCGGCGCGUGUCGCUGCUGCACGCCGUGGUGGGCGCGGCGCCGCCCAUGCCCUUCCUGCGCCUCAAGGUGCGCCGCUCGCACAUCAUCGACGACGCGCUCGUGGGGCUGGAAAUGGUGGCUAUGGAGCGAGCGCUAGACCUUAAGAAACAACUAGUCGUAGAGUUCGAAGGUGAACAAGGCGUGGAUGAGGGUGGAGUUAGUAAGGAGUUCUUUCAGUUGAUAGUAGAAGAAAUCUUCAAUCCAGACUAUGGCAUGUUCACGCAACAGCCCGAUUCCCUAACAGUGUGGUUUAACAUGACAUCUUUCGAGACGGAAGCCCAGUUCACAUUGAUUGGCAUAGUAUUAGGUCUAGCGAUAUACAACAAUGUUAUUCUUGCCGUUAAUUUCCCAAUGGUGGUAUAUAGAAAGCUCAUGGGCAAGAAAGGGUCGUUCGAAGACUUGGCUGACUGGAACCCCACAUUGUACAAUGGUUUAAAAGACAUGUUAGAAUACGAUGGUAGUGAUUUAGAAGAAGCAUAUUACCAAACGUUCAGGAUAUGUUACCAGGAUGUGUUCGGAAACGCUAUAUUCCAUGAUCUAAAAGAGGAUGGAGACAAUAUAUUUGUCACACAGGAAAAUAAAAAGGAAUUUGUAGAGUUGUAUUCUAAUUUCUUGCUGAACGAUUCAGUGGACACGCAAUUCAGAGCGUUCAGGCGCGGCUUCUUAAUGGUCACCGACGAGAGUCCACUUGCAGUGUUGUUUAGGCCCGAAGAAGUAGAGAUGCUUGUUUGUGGUAGUAGGAACUUCGACUUCAACGAAUUAGAAAAAUCAACAGAAUACGAUGGCGGCUACACAUCAGACUCUCAAACCAUCAAAGACUUCUGGAGCAUCGUUCACAGUUUGUCACUAGACGAUAAGAGAAAACUCUUACAGUUCACUACCGGCUCUGACAGAGUCCCUGUAGGGGGCCUGAGUCACCUCAAGCUCGUGAUCGCAAGAAACGGUCCAGAUUCUGAUAGGCUACCUACCGCCCAUACCUGCUUUAAUGUUCUCCUCCUACCAGAGUAUGAAACCAAGGACAAAUUACAAGACAGACUGAUGAAAGCAAUAAACUAUUCUAAAGGCUUCGGAAUGCUUUAA